AUGGCUGUAGACAUCAGAGAACGGAAAACGGUGGGAUGCUCUUACUACGUUGCUCGAGAAGAGAAGCUUUACCUGAUGGAGGAUGUGAAGUUGGGGGACGUGGAGACCAUUGACAUCCUCAAACUUCAGAUCAACCCAACCAUUGUGCUCGUCUCUACAAGGGCUGACGAUUCGAUUUUGGACAAGCUAGACCCCGAACGGAGGAGUCUUGGUUCCACCGAUGGUUCUAAUGAUCAGUUUGCCCUCCCAUACAUCCUCGAAAUUCGUCCGACGGCAGAAUUCAACUAUGAGUCAGGCAAGAGCAAGCUCACAAACCUGAAGAUUGGGUCUGAUCGGGGACCAAAUGUCACGUUUACCAUUCCUGGAGACGUUCAGGCCUACGGCACCUAUGGCGAUGGAGAAGAUUUUGGCCGCCAGGAGCAUUUACUCAGACUGCAAGGGUGGAUCAGCCUAGAUAGUAGGAUAUCUGUGAGCUGCGCGGGUGCUGUUCUGGCCUACAUACAGCGACGCAGAGCUGUUACCUUCCUCCCAGGUGAUCGAGCCGCUGCUGGUCUAUUUCGCGUCUCGACCAUCGAGAUGUUCACCCUUAUGAGUACCAUGUUUGUCAACAUGGACACCUUGCUAUCACUCCAAAUCCUGCAAUCUGAAUCCCACCCUCAUUCACAUAACCAGGGGCCGACAAAAGCCAGAUCAGGGUCAAAGGAAGGUCUCUCGGUAUAUGGAUUGUUCCAUUAUCUCGCCAAGACCCCUCAAGGUAGGGUACUUCUACGACAGUACUUCCUCCGGCCAAGCCUCGAUCUAGGCGUCAUCAACAAACGUCUGGACGCCAUUUCCAUCUUCCUCCGACCGGACAACUCAGCACCCGUAGAUCAGAUCGUGCAAAGUCUGAAGAAAAUUAAAAACAUGCGAGUCACGACAGUGAACCUUCGAAAAGGUGUCAAUGUGGGCCCCGGCAAAAAGCAGGGCAUCACCAGCGGCCUUUGGGCAAGGAUUCGUCUCUUUGCCUACCACGUGCUGAAGAUAAAGGACGCAUUCCAGGAAAUGAAUGCAAGUGCCCACCUGGAGCUAAGGAACCGCAUCCUGGAAACAGUGGAAUUUCAGAGGCUGGCCCAAGUUGGAAGACGGGUUACGGAUAUCAUCGACUUUGAGCAGUCAGAGCAUCAGCACCGAACCGUUGUCCGCAUGGGGAUCGAUGAAGAGCUUGACAGCAUGAAGCAGACGUAUGAUGGGAUCGAGCUCUUACUUUCACAAGUCGCCAAUCACAUAGCCGAACAAAUUCCUGCCGUACUCGGGGCCAGUAUCAACGUCAUUUUCUUCCCUCAAAUCGGAUUCCUUAUCACUGUGCCACUGGAUCCCGACACCGGCCACGGAAUGUACGAAGGGUCGGAGCAGGAUGUGUGGGAGCGCAUGUUCACGAGCGAAGAGCAAGUCUACUACAAGAAUGACAACAUGCGGGAAAUGGACGAUCAUUUCGGAGACUUGCACGGUCUGAUCUGCGACAAGGAAAUCGAAAUCACCCAUGACCUGGCGCAGUACGUUCUAGAAUUCGAAGACGUCUUCGUCAAGGCGUCAGACAUCUGCGCAGAGCUGGAUGCGCUCCUGGCGCUUGCUCAAGGUGCCAGAAUGCACAAACUGAUGAAACCAAAAGUAGUCAACGACAAUGUCAUCCAGAUCAAAGCUGGCCGCCAUAUUCUGCAAGAGCUCACAGUUCCUUCUUUUGUCGCAAACGACACUUUGAUCGUUGGUAAUUGUGAGCCUGACGUUGAGAUCAGCCAUAGCUCUUCGAGAAUUGCGACAUCUGAGCGUUCAAACGCGCCCACUAGCUCGGCCGCAAUGGACGGCCCGAACGUGCUAAUGCUCACCGGACCCAACUACUCGGGCAAAAGCAUCUACAUGAAGCAGGUGGCUCUCAUUGUGUACAUGGCGCACAUUGGCAGCUUUGUCCCGGCGGAGAGGGCCCGUAUCGGCUUGACGGACAAGAUACUCACACGCAUUGCGACUCGCGAAUCGGUAUCCCGGAUCCAGAGUGCAUUCAUGAUUGACGUUCAACAAGUUUCACUGGCGCUGAGCCUCGCUACACCUCGCAGCCUACUCGUCUUCGAUGAAUUCGGCAAGGGCACAAGCGCAAAUGACGGGGCAGGUCUUGUUUGCGGCGUGUUCGAGUACCUCCUCGGGCUUGGAAACAAGUGCCCAAAGGUGCUCGGAGCAACUCACUUUCACGAGAUAUUCGAGGAGGGCUACCUCGUCCACCAUGCAGCUCUGCAGUUCGGCCACAUGGAGGUUCGUGUUGAUGAGGACAGGACCAGCAUUGAUGAGCAGAUCACCUAUUUGUACAAUUUCCGACUCGGCCGUAGUGUGUCGAGCUUUGGAAGCAUGUGCGCGGCAUUGAAUGGCAUCAGCAGAGAGGUUGUGGCGCGUGCCGAGCAGCUGAUACUCAUGUCGGUGAAGGGAGAGGAUCUUGUCGCGGCAUGUUCGGUGAUGCCGGCGCACGAAAGAGCUGAACUGGAAGAGGCCGAGUGCAUUGCGAGGGCUUUUCUGGCUGCUGAUGUGGGAGUGGACGCGGACGGCGAUCCACGGAAAUUGCUGGAUGACAUCCUUGCGGCGACGCCUUCUACAACGUAUGGUUCAGCAACGGUGGACACGGAUACGAUGAGCACGUCGGACAUGAUGUCCUAA